CAUCAAACGUGGAAUUAUCAAGACUACGCGGCUAUGUUAUCCCAAGUAAGUGACAACGUCGCCUGAUAAAAUUCACUUCCUUGAUUCAACUGAGCGCACGCGUAGAGUUAGUGAACUGACAGAUGAGAGAAAACUAAGCGCAAGCUGCCAUUCGGAAAAGUUUACCGCGCUCCUAGUCUACAGUACUCUGGUGAGUUUUGUAUUUUCGCGCUGCGGCGCGCCUCAAGUGGCGCGAGAGGCACGUGACCUUGCAGACGACCUUAAAUAUCUGCUGCUGGUGUUAGAGAGAAGAGCGCGCGCGAUCCAUCUGAGGAAUUUAUAUUCUCAACGUCGUUCUCGUCGUCGUCGUCGUCGUCGAGAAGGAAAACUCGCGAGAAAGAUUUUGAUUUGUGCGGUCGAAACCAGUGCGCUUCUCACGAGACAGAAACAACAUGUUAAGGACGACGGCGAAUUUACGUCACGAGCUUGCGAAAGCAACACUUCGUACCACCGUCCGGAGUAAUAUCGUAAGGUGUCUUGGCACUCAGUGCCUACACAGGAAGCACCAGCAGAGGCCAUUUCCCCACAAAAGUUCAAGGUUAGCAGUGCAACCAUGGCAACAAAAAUUAAGAUACUAUGCAGACUAUCCAGAUCAUAUCAGAGUUCCACUGCCAGCUUUAUCACCAACUAUGGAAACAGGCACCAUUAUUUCUUGGCAGAAGAAAGAAGGUGAGAAGCUAAACGAAGGCGACCUGCUCGCGGAAAUUGAGACCGACAAAGCGACUAUGGGCUUUGAGACACCAGAGGAAGGUUACUUGGCAAAGAUCCUAGUGCCAGCGGGUGAAAAGAACGUGGCAAUUGGCCGACUAGUGUGCAUAAUUGUCACCGACGAAGCAAGUGUAGCUGCCUUCAAGGAUUUUAAAGAUGACGGUUCAUCUGUUGCACCAUCACCAUCCUCCUCAACACCAUCUGCUCCUGCUGCCGCAGCUGCACCACCACCUCCACCACCACCUUCAGCUCCAGUUCCAGCUCCAGCAGCACCUGUGUCAUCUUUGUCUACUUCUGGAGAAAGAGUCUUUGCCAGUCCUCUUGCCAGGAGAUUGGCUGCUGAACAGGGACUUAGCUUAUCGGGUCUUAAAGGCAGCGGUUUGUAUGCUUCGAUCACAUCAAAAGAUCUCGGUGGAGCAUCUAUGGCAGUAGCUGGUGCACCAGGUGUAGCUGUAGCUGGUGGACGAGAUAUUCCUAUUUCCAAUAUCCGCGGAGUCAUUGCUAAGCGUCUUCUGGAAAGCAAACAGACGAUACCCCAUUACUAUCUCACCAUCGAAGUAAAAAUGGACAAAGCCCUGGCAAUGAGAGAGCAAUUUAACAAAAUUUUGGAAAAAGAUAAGAUAAAGCUCAGUGUCAAUGACUUUAUUAUCAAAGGUAUGGCGAUGGCCUGCAAAAAAGUGCCAGAGGGUAACAGUGCCUGGUUGGGUGACAAAAUUCGACAGUACGAUCAUGUAGAUGUUAGCGUAGCAGUUAGUACAGAGAGUGGACUUAUUACACCUAUAGUUUUUGGAGCAGACCUCAAAGGUAUCUCUGAGAUUAGCAGCGAUGUCAAAGCUUUAGCUGCAAAAGCUAGGGAAGGUAAAUUACAGCCUCACGAGUUCCAAGGUGGCACUAUUACAGUGUCGAAUCUUGGCAUGUUUGGUAUCAAGAACUUCUCGGCGAUCAUCAACCCACCACAGUCCAUCAUUCUCGCGAUAGGAACGACAGAAACGAGAUUGAUACCGGCCAAUAACGACAGAGGUUUCAAUACUGCCCAAUACAUGUGCGUUACUGCCAGCUGUGAUCAUCGUACAGUCGAUGGAGCAGUUGGAGCUCAAUGGCUUACUGCUUUCAAAAAUUUAAUGGAAAAUCCGUCAAUGAUGCUUCUUUAAGUAACCUAUUAUAUAAAGAAGGCUUUAGUGGAGAUGCAAAGUACAAUUGAAAGUGCAUUCGGGAGCGUUUGGUUGAGUACUUCUUCGUCUGUCGCGAUUUCAUCACAAAAAAAUACAAUAUAUAAGAAAUUUGUACUGAUUGAUUCGAAGAAGUGAAAGACACACGCCAGUAAAACUAUGAGAUUUAUUUAAAAGUAAAAGAGAAAGUAAGUGCUGUAAUGAAUCAAUUGGCGACUUUGCUUGGUACUAUUGUAAAUAUACAAAUGAAUUGGAAAGAAGAAAACCGUUAUUAGAAUGUACGUAAUGAGAAUUUACUACAUCCUCGAUCAUUACACCUUAGUUGGCGAAUAAAACAGAUCGGGCGUACAAGUUACCUGUUUAUAGUUGAUAAAUGUGUAUACAUAUUACAAUUAUUUAAUAAAUUAUAUUGCGUUACGCCUCGAAUAAUCUUUAAAUUUUUAUUUUUGUUGAUUGUGAAGUUCGUGAUAUCUUUAUUUGUUGUUGAUUUGGAAACGAUAGUCACUUGACUAUUAAAGCAUGUCAGCAAAUAAAAAAUUAUAUGAAAAUAGGAUCUUCAUCUAUGAAAUAUAUCUACAAGAAAAGAACGGAAACUAGGUCAAGUCACAGUUGUUAUAUGCAACAAAACAGAUCCAUUUAAACUUAAGAUUGGACUCAAGAAAAUGGCAAUUAGUAUCGAAGAUUAAGAUCUUGCGCAUUGAUUAAUUUAUCAGCGGUUCAUAUAGAUCAAUAAGUAAAAUUGUGACGGUAAUCCGAAAGAAGGAUUUCAAGCUCUUGACACAGCUACUAUAUCGUUAGAAAAACUUC